CUUCCUAGCGGAGCGCGCUGGCCGCGACCCCUCCUGCUUGCCCAGCGCCCGGCCUCUCGGUGGGGUCGCCAGGGCCCAGGAGGGGGAGCCGCUUUCCUGCAGUGUGCAUAGGCCCCCUGCGGCGUGAACAAGGGCAGAAUGUGCAGAGCUCAGGAAAGUGGGUGGUGGGUAUUUAACUGCUCCCCAAAAGGAGAGAAGUGUAUUUCACUUGAAAAAAACGGAAUCCCCUUUCCCCUGUUUAUUUUGUCACCAGGGCCACAGUCAGGGUGCUGAGGCUGGCCUGCCUGCAGCAGCUGAGGGUUUCGUGCCUAGUACCCUGCCUCUGGGCCAGGGUGUCCCUGUGAAGAGAGGUCCCGGCCCCCACCCUCCCGUGACACCAGAGGGCAUAUCCAUGGGUGCCCAACAGGCCGGACUCCGGGGCCCCCUGUGGGUGCCUAAGCAGCACCCGCGUGUUGGCUGAGGUCCAGAUGCUGCUCUGCCUGGGUGGGACGUGCUCCGCCCUGCAUUUCCUGGCCACGCUCCUGAUGAUCGGGUACAAAAGCCAGGUGUUCAGUUACCCUCAGGAUCACCUGGCCCUCGACCUGGCCCUGCUCUUGCUGAUGGGGACCCUGGAAGCACCCCGGAUAUACCUUGGCACCAAGGGCAACCUGACGGAGGCCGAGGGGCCGCUGGCCGCCAGCCUGGCGCUCACGGGGGCCAGCACCCUGCUGUCGGUCUACUUCCUGCUCUGGCAGACCCUGGUGCUGUGGGCAGACUCGGUCCUCAGUGCCAUGCUCCUGGCCGUCCACGGCCUGGAGGCCGUCCUGCAGGUGGUGGCCAUCGCCGCCUUCCUGGGUUAGACAGGUAACAUGCGGCCCCCGGAUGCCUCGGAUGGGAGCUCUCCCAGGGAUCCUGUGGGAUCCCCGCCCCAUGGCACAGAGGACAGGGCCCUUCCUCACCGAUCAGCCCUGUGGAUGGGGCUGGGUGGUGUGUGAGUCUCGUCGGGGCCAGGACCAGGACAGAACAAAGUGUGGGGCCAGGGUCAGGGGGUGGCCCCAAGCCAGCAGGGGGCCAGUGGGCUUCGCCCUGUCACCUCCCAGGAGAAGCCCCUUCCCGUGCUGCCCCCAGCUGGCUCCCUCGAAGGUAUGUCCCGAUGCCGGCCAGCCGGCCGGGACUCCUGUGGCACAGCAUUCCAUGGGGUCUCUGCGUCCCUGAGUGCCCACAUGUCCCCACGGUGGGAAACGGCUGUGUGGGUGGGGUAGGGGUUGGGGGUCUUCGGCCACUCUGACAGACGGCUCCAAACGAAAACUCGCAGCGGGGCUGGUCGGCUCCAGGGUGGGGCUCCACAGCAGCAGCCCCAGCCCCGGCCCCGCCCCCGGGGCCCACCGGUGGAUGCCUGUGAGGGGCUGUGGGGCGGCUCUCCCUGCACCGGGGCUGGUGACCGCUGCUCACCAGGACCUCCGUCUGUCUGUACUCGGCGUGGCGAGAAUCCGGGUCUCCCGAGAGCUGGUCCUUUCUCGGGACUCCCCUCCGUCUGCUCCCAGUGCGUGCGUCCUGUUCGGAGUGACACGUUCACACGGACUUGUGGGUUCUCCGCGCCGUAGUUUCACAAUAAAGAAUCAUCU